AUGGCUAUCUUAACAGUGGGUUCAGUAGCAGCACAAACCAACAUCAGCACAGACCAGUCCGCUCUUCUUGCUCUCAAAUCCCAUAUAACUAUUGACGCUCAAAACAUCUUGACAACCAACUGGUCUAACUCCAAUUCCGACAUUUGCAACUGGGUUGGCGUUACUUGCGGUGUACACCACCUUAGAGUGACAGCCUUGAAUCUCUCCUACAUGGGUCUCACGGGCACCAUUCCUCCCCACCUUGGCAACCUCUCAUUUCUUGUUGGUCUUGAAUUUAGAAACAACAGUUUUGGUGGUACCUUGCCCACAGAGUUGUCUCAUCUACGAAGAUUGAAGUUUAUUAGCUUUAGAUUCAACGAGUUUAAAGGAACCAUACCAUCAUGGUUUGGUUCGUUAUCUAAACUUCAAACACUCGAUCUGUAUGGUAAUCAAUUUUCAGGUUCCAUACCAAAUGCUAUAUUCAACUUAUCUGCACUGCAAGUACUUAAUCUUAGAAACAAUGAGCUAUCCGGUACCAUACCAAGAGAAGUCGAGAAGUUAACAAUGUUGCAGGAGAUGUUACUUGGAUAUAACAAUUUCGAAGGUAGCAUAGCAAGAGAAAUUGGAAACUUAACCAUGCUCAAGAGGAUAUUCCUUGACUUUAACAUGUUCGAAGAACCAACAUCUUUUAGAAAGGCAUCAACAAUCCCACAAUGGCAAGCAGCAAUGCAAAAAGAGUAUGAUUCAUUAAGAGCUCGGAGAACUUGGGUUUUGGUUGCAUAUCCAGAAGAUAGAGCUAUAGUUGGAAACAAGUGGGUCCAUAAAGUAAAGAAGUAUUCUGAUGCUUUGGCUGCUAUGAAUCAUUGGAAUCUUAGACAAGUGGACAUUAAAAAUGCUUUUCUUCAUGGAGAUUUGCAAGAGGAAGUAUACAUGAAGCAACCUCAAGGAUUUGUUGGUUCUAAUUCUAAUAAGAUACAAGGAGUGAUUCAUGAGUUAUCUACAGUGUUUGAUUUGAAAGACAUGGAAAUCCCAAACUUGAUUGGCAGUAAAGAUCAGGUGGAAAGGUUGUUUGUGCAGGGUAAUGCCCUAAAAGGUCAUAUUCCUAUUGUUGUCUUCAACAUGUCCUCUUUGACAAUUUUGGCUCUAGCCCAAAACAACUUAAGUGGUAGUUUGCCAGACAAUAUAUGCCAGCAUCUUCCAGGUAUUCAGCUGUUGAAUUUGGUGAACAACCAAUUUGAUGGUCCACUUCCACACAAGUUAUGGCAGUGCGCGGAGCUUCUUAAUUUGGUAUUGGCCUUCAACAAUUUCAAUGGAAGCAUACCAAGAACUAUUGGGAACUUGACCAAGUUAACAGAGCUUGAUAUUUCCAACACCACCUUGACAGGUACUAUACCGUCUGAAGUUGGCGAUCUUCAAAAUCUACAGUAUUUGUUACUCAAUAUGAACAAUCUCAAUGGCCCCAUUCCGUCCACAAUCUUCAAUAUGUCUAAGCUGAUAGAAAUUUCACUUGUUGGUAAUCAACUCUCAGGCAGCCUCCCAGCAGACAUAGGCCUUGGAAUUCCAAACCUAAAAUGGAUAGUAGUAGGAAUGAAUAAACUCAGCGGAGUAAUUCCCAACUCUAUCUCCAAUGCUUCAAAGCUUACUUACGUAGACAUGACUGACAACUCUUUUUCUGGGUUUAUUCCUAACAAGCUAUGUGCCUUAACAAACCUUGAGUAUCUUGGCUUAUACCAGAAUAAUUUGACGGUUGACACUUCAACUCCAGAAUUGAACAUCCUUUCUUGUUUCACUAAUCUUAGAUAUCUUAGGGUAUUCAUCCUGGGACGUAAUCCAUUAAACACUCCUCUACCUAUUUCCUUUCGGAAUCUCUCUACAUCGCUUCAAAAACUAUCUUUAAGUGAAGGAAAAUUGAAGGGUAGCAUUCCCAAUGAAAUUGGCAACUUGAGCAGCUUGAUAUAUUUAAACCUGGAACUCAAUCAAUUGAGUGGGUUAAUUCCAAUUUCUAUUGGAAGACUAGGGAGUCUCCAAGGUUUGUAUUUGUUAGGUAACAAGUUGCAAGGACAUAUCCCCAAUGAACUUUGUCAACUAACCAGACUAGCUGAUUUAGUUUUAGGUUCUAAUCAACUUUCUGGUUUUAUACCUUCAUGCUUUGGUAAUCUAGCUGCAAAUCUUAGAAAGCUAUCAUUAAAGUCCAAUUUGUUAACUUCUACAAUACCAUCUACUUUGUGGAGGCUUGAACAAGUCUGGUACUUUGACUUGUCAUCCAAUAUUCUAAACGGAUCUCUGUCACAAGAUAUUGGCAAGUUGAAAGUUCUGUCGUACUUGGAUUUAUCAAGCAACCAUUUAUUUGGUAUUAUACCAAGCAGCAUUGGGGAUCUUCUAGAUUUGGUUACUAUGUCCUUGGCAAAGAAUUAUUUAGAAGGCCCUAUUCCUAGUUCAUUCGGCAGCUUAAAAGGCUUGGUACACUUAAAUUUAUCCAAGAACAAUUUGACUGAAGCAAUUCCAAAGUCUCUAGAAGCACUCUUGAAUCUGAAGUACCUGAAUUUGUCUUUCAACAAACUCCAAGGGGAAAUUCCAGAAGGCGGACCUUUCACAAACUUCUCUGCUCUAUCAUUUGUCUCGAAUAAGGCGUUGUGUGGCGCAGCUCGACUCCAUGUCCCACCAUGCAAAAAUAAUACACUUCAACCAAGUUCAAGGAAAGCUAGUUCGUCCAACUUGAAAUAUAUUAUUCCAGCAAUAAUAAUAGCAACGGUAUUCCUAGCCUUUGUAGCUAUAUUUAUACUGCAUAGGAAAAGGAAAGUUGAAGUUGCCACAGAGGCUACCUUGUUACCUCUAUCUCUUUGGAGAAGAGUUUCACACCUUGAACUUCUAAGGGCGACAAAUGGAUUUAACAAUAGCAACUUACUUGGAAGGGGGGGUUUUGGCUCAGUAUAUAAGGGAACAUUGUCAGAUGGGAUAGAUGUUGCAGUAAAGAUUUUUGAUUUGCAGCUAGAAGGGGCUUUCAAGAGUUUUGAGAGGGAAUGUGAAAUGCUAAGCAAUAUUCGGCACCGAAAUCUUAUCAAAAUCAUCAGCUGUUGCAGCCAGUUGGAUUUCAAAGGCUUGGUACUGAACUACAUGCCUAAUGGGAGCCUUGAGAAGUGGUUGUAUUCUCAAAACUCUUCUUUUGAUAUCCUAAAGAGAUUGAAUAUAAUGGUAGAUGUUGCAUUGGCAUUGGAAUACCUACACCAUGGUUAUUCAGUACCAAUUGUCCAUUGUGAUUUGAAGCCAAGCAAUAUACUACUAGAUGAUGAUAUGGUUGCACAUGUUGCGGAUUUUGGCAUUGCAAAACUCUUGGGUUUAGGGGAUUCCAUGACCCGAACAAUGACCCUAGCCACAGUUGGGUAUAUGGCCCCAGAGUAUGGAAUGGCUGGAAUUGUUUCGACGCAAGGGGAUAUAUACAGUUUUGGUAUUGUAGUCAUGGAAACAUUCACAAAAAUGAAGCCUACAAAUGAGAUGUUUGUUGAGGAAAUGAAUCUAAAACAAUGGGUUGCAAAUUCACUAUUAUCAGAAACAAUAGCUGAAGUUGUGGAUGCCACUCUACUGGUAGCAAAAGAGGAAGAUCAUGAUUAUGUGACUAAGAUAGAUUGUUUAUCGUCGAUUAUGCGAUUAGCUCUUGCUUGCUGUGCGGAGCCACUGGACGAGAGAAUAAACAUGCAAGAAGUUGUAGCCACGCUCAAAAAAAUCAAAAUCAAGUUUUUGAAGGAUGUUGGAAGAAGAGUGUUGUUGAACCGUCCUCGUGUUCAAGCACUUUGA